UGUUUUCAGUAUUGUUGUGUGUUUUUCUUGUUGUUGCAAUUAAUUCACCUCUUUUGUUGUUGUUCUUUAUUACUACUAUUUCCUUGGUUCUUGUUCCUUUUCACAUUGGUCUGAUCUGAAUAGUUGUGGUAUUCGAAAAUUUUAUGUCGUGGUUGUGCUGCGAUCUUUGAUAUUGUGUCGAAUUGUGAUCAACCGCGGAUAGUAAGUGGAAUAAAAGUCUAGGAUCAUGAAGCAUAAGGAUGGAAAACUGAUCCACCAGCCGAACAAGAACCGAUCUCUGACUGCGGCGAUCACUAUCAUUGUUCUGUGUGGUUUUUCAUUCUACCUUGGUGGAGUCUUUAAAUCUGGAAACAAUGGUGUUGAUGUCAUCAACACCAUUCAGAAAUCACUUGAUUCACCUAAGCAAUCCUCAGGCUCUUUGCAAAUUAAGCCCUUUAGUUUCCCUGAAUGCAGCAAUGAUUAUCAAGACUAUACUCCAUGCACAGAUCCAAAGAGAUGGAGAAAGUAUGGUACAUAUAGACUUACUUUGUUGGAACGCCAUUGCCCUCCGAUUUUUGAGAGGAAAGAAUGCUUAGUUCCUCCUCCACCAGGUUACAAGCCUCCAAUUAGAUGGCCAAAGAGUAGAGAUGAAUGUUGGUACAGGAAUGUGCCAUAUGAUUGGAUUAACAAGCAGAAGUCUAAUCAGCAUUGGUUGAUAAAGGAAGGGGAGAAAUUUCAAUUUCCUGGUGGAGGUACUAUGUUUCCUAAUGGUGUUGGUGAAUAUGUUGAUUUAAUGCAAGAUCUGAUCCCAGGAAUUAAAGAUGGGUCAGUUAGAACUGCAAUUGAUACUGGUUGUGGGGUUGCUAGCUGGGGUGGUGACUUGCUGGAUCGAGGCGUUCUAACAAUUUCUCUCGCGCCAAGAGAUAACCAUGAAGCUCAGGUUCAAUUUGCUCUGGAGCGCGGUAUCCCAGCAAUUCUUGGUGUCAUCUCUACACAAAGACUUCCUUUCCCUUCAAACUCCUUUGAUAUGGCUCAUUGCUCUAGAUGCCUUAUCCCAUGGACAGAAUUUGGUGGAAUUUAUCUCCAAGAAAUUCACCGAAUUCUUCGUCCUGGAGGAUUUUGGGUUCUGUCUGGUCCACCAGUCAACUACGAGCGUAGGUGGCGCGGAUGGAACACAACGGUGGAAGAGCAAAGAACAGAUUAUGAAAAGCUACAAGAUUUGCUCACAUCAAUGUGCUUCAAAUUGUACAACAAGAAGGAUGACAUUUAUGUAUGGCAAAAGGCCAAAGAUAACGCUUGCUACGAUAAGCUUUCUAGAGAUACCUAUCCUCCAAAAUGUGACGACAGUCUCGAACCAGAUUCAGCAUGGUACACUCCGCUUCGCGCUUGUUUCGUUGUUCCAAUGGAAAAGUACAAGAAAUCAGGCCUCACAUACAUGCCGAAAUGGCCUCAAAGGUUGAAUGUUGCACCUGAAAGGAUAUCACUUGUUCAAGGUUCUAGUUCUAGUACUUUCAGUCAUGAUAACAGUAAGUGGAAAAAGCGCAUUCAGCACUACAAGAAGUUGUUGCCUGAUCUUGGCACAAACAAGAUAAGAAAUGUGAUGGAUAUGAAUACAGCUUAUGGAGGUUUUGCUGCUUCCUUGAUCAAUGAUCCUUUGUGGGUUAUGAAUGUUGUUUCAUCUUAUGGUCCUAAUACACUCCCUGUAGUUUUCGAUCGAGGCCUUAUCGGUACCUUCCAUGAUUGGUGUGAAGCUUUUUCAACAUAUCCUAGAACCUAUGACCUACUUCAUGCUGAUGGAUUCUUCACUGCUGAAAGCCACAGAUGUGAAAUGAAGUAUGUAAUGUUGGAAAUGGACCGGAUUUUGCGACCAGGCGGGCACGCUAUAAUCCGAGAGUCAAGUUAUUUUGCGGAUGCCAUUGCAACUAUGGCGAAGGGAAUGAGAUGGAUAUGUCACAAAGAAAACACUGAGUUUGGUGUUGAAAAAGAGAAGAUAUUGGUAUGCCAGAAAAAGCUGUGGCAGCCAUCCAACUCAGGAUCAAGAUGACAAACUCAUGAAACUGUGCAGCGGUGAGAAAGAGCGGCGUAUCUAGAAAUCGUAAUUCCAGAAGUAGAGAAACAAAGGGAAACGAAUUCGGAGCCACUCUUUACAAAAAGAUUGAUUCAUUCUUAUUAUAUGAUAUACACACGCCAAGAAUCAGUCAAGUUUCAAAUUUUUAUCAAGUGAAGAAAGUAGUAACUCAAUAAUUCUGAUUUUGUUAAGUUAUAUAUAGAAAAUUUUCUUAUAGAUAAUUUAUUCUUUGCAUGAAAUUAAAUGUAUAAGGUGUACCACUCUUGUUUAUCUAUUUUUUUGUUGUUGUGUAAUAUUCAACUUCCAAGUGAUUCAUGUGAAGAAUUGAAAGUUUCAAAUCCCACAGAAAGCAUAGAAUAUGAUAUGCAAUUUAUACAUUA